AUAUGUCGAUAGAUGGAAAUUGACUGUCAGUUUGCAUUUGACAUAUGACAGGAUUUUAAGUUUUUCUGAUAAUAUCAAUUACUUCCGUAUUGUAACACUAAGACGAACAUGUGUUCUAAAUUUAUGGCUCCACUGUGUUGGUUUCAAGACAUAAAAAGUGGAUUACAUUUUCCCGAUUAAAAAUAACAUGAAAAGAAGCCCGCUACUAUGGCUUGGACCAAAACGUUGAACAUGGUCCUCAGAAAUAUAAUUACAUUAAUGAAAGAUGUUGGAGUACAGUUGGUGAAUAUAAAUGGUGCUGUGAACUCUGGAGUGUUAUUUUUUUUUAAUGUGAUAUGUAUGUAAAGCAAUGAACAACAUGGGGCAAACAUCAACAGAGCAAUGGGCCCCACCUUGGAGUCAGGCGCCGAACACCAGGGUUAGCAUCAGUAGGAUGGGGGAGCCAUCCAUCCAUGCAUUUUGACUCUCUCAAAGUUGUGUCAGAACAUCUCGUGGAGAGAAUCAAACUGGAAGAUUCUCUAUUUCGCGAUGUGUUUCAGAGUGCUGCCAGUUUCCCAAUGUGUGCCGCUUCAGCACCUACAUCAUCUUGCAACAGUCCUUGGGGAAUUACCCCACAGUGCAACUUGAACACUUUUGGGUCCUCUAUUAAUGAUACAGCAGUUUGUCACGGAGGAAACACUGACAGUCAAAAUAAAACAAAGGCUUAUUCUGUAGGAAACAAGGAACAAAAUUCCACUGCGUUUAUACAAACAAAUAAUUUUAAUAAGAACAUGAAUAAUAAUUUUAUGUGUACAACUAUGUUUCUAAUGAAUGACAGCCUGCAACAAAACAAUGCACAUCAGUCACACAGUAAUUCUAAAAAACAUAACGAUAUAUUUAAUGUUACAUGUGAAAAAGGUUGCAAUUGUGAAUCAACAAACUCACUGUUUCGUGCCAGCGGCGGUCAGGUGUUUAGUGCUGAAAAGCAUGCUGCUGCUGCUAAACACUUCAUGACUCCAUGUGGACCAUUGCAGUUAACUGCACAGGAAUGUAGUGAAUUUUUACUGAAAAAAGUCGCGGUCUCCAACAGCCUAGUAGGAUCUGACAGUUCUCAUAUAGGGGCUCAGAACAAUUAUAGCACAAAUAAUACACAGCAGAAGAACAGACAUUCAGGUGCAAGCUUGGAUAAUGCUCAAGAGACAAACAAUACCUCAAGUGGGAAGUUGGCUGAUACUGGGGUUAACACAGGGCAGAAGUAUCGAGUGGCCAAGGAGCGUCCUUUUUCAUGUCAGGAGUGUGGAAAGUCAUUUCUGCUGAAACAUCAUCUGGUGACACAUGCUCGAGUUCACACUGGUGAACGACCUCAUGUGUGUCCAGAGUGUGGCAAGAGCUUUGCACACAAGCACUGUCUGAGUACGCACCUGCUGCUUCACAGCAGUCAGCGGCCAUAUCAGUGCCCAGAAUGUAAGAAGUCAUUUACUUUGAAACAUCAUCUUGUGACUCAUGCUCGAGUUCAUAGUCGGGAUCGGCCAUUUGUUUGUCGGGAAUGUGGGCGAACAUUUCCUCAGAAACGCCAUUUGGCCACCCAUGCAAAGUUUCAUUCAGGCGAACGUCCACAUGUAUGUGAAGAAUGUGGGGAGUCAUUCUCACGUGAAGAGCACCUUGUGAUCCAUUCUCGCUUUCACGGUGGCCAGCAGCCAUAUGUGUGUCCAGACUGUGGAAGCACUUUUGCCCGCAAAUUUGAGCUGGUGAACCAUGGGCGCCUGCAUGGUCGCAUACCGCAUUCCUGUGAUGUAUGUGGCAAGGAGUUCCUACAGAAGCGAACGCUCCUCGCUCAUGCUCGACUCCACGUGGAAGGGGAACGUCCAUUUGUCUGUCAGCCCUGUGGUGAAACUUUCCAACGCAAAACAGAACUUGUUGAGCACUCCCACAUUCAUGCAGAUGAGAAGUCCUUCGUAUGCAGGGAAUGUGGUGAUUGUUUUCCAAAUCGAGAGGCUCUUGCGCUACACUACCGUCUCCAUGCUGGCGAUCGUAACUUUGUUGCGGACUUAUGCGGUCUUGCAGCAGCAUUCCAGCAACCAGCAGCUCACUUCCUGUGUCCAACUCCACUCCAUCCAACUGCCAUGAGCAAGUUGAACCAGAGUUCUGUUGGAACCUCUGCGUCUCUCAGCGGUAUGGUGCCAUCAACUCCGCCACAGCCGAAACCAAAACCUCAUGUUUGCCCUGACUGCGGCAAAUGUUUUGCCCAAAAGCAUGGGCUAGCACAGCAUAACAGAAGGCACAGUGGUGGCAGCUGUGAUGUUAGGCACCAUGCCUGUGACAAAUGUGGUAAAGCUUUCUUUCAGAAAAACCAUUUGGCUUUGCACCAGAGGCAGCAUCUGGAACUUGCAACGUCAGACACCCACACAGACACAAAGGCAUUUCAAGUUAACAUUCCAAUAUCAGGAGAAUAAUGCGGAAGGGAAAUAUUUUAGGUUUGUGAUUAUCGGAACACAUUUUUAUAUUUAUGUGAAUGGAUUUUGUGGCUGCAUUCAGUUUUGGAAUUUUAUAUUAAAAUCUUGCCAAAUUGAUAGAAGAGUUACGGAAGUCGUGUUUAGUUUCGUAUGGACGUAUACUGUACAAAUUGUUCCAUGCCAGUUUUUAAUUUACAGGCUUGUGCUUAGGCCUAAGGUUUUCAUGAUUGUCGAAUAAAGGUUAUGACAGUGUGCAGUUUUCUGUUUAGCAGUGCUUUAGAAGGCCUGCUGCAUUCAUUGAAAGAAACUUGGACAUAGCAGAUUCUUUUGAGACAUCAGUAACCACAUGUAGAACUAUACAGUAUCAUAGCCCAGAAGACUGCAAUCUUAUUUGAUUUUGCUUGUGAAAUUGAGGGCUGUUCCAUGCUUUGGUUUACAUUCAAAAUCAUAUUCUAGGCUAACUGAAAUAAUGUUGCACUUUUUUUUUAAAUUGUUUAUAAGUAGUAUUUAAGAUUGAGUGUGGCAUUUAUGACAGAUAUGAAA